AUGGACCCGCGGUUGGACCUACGAGGAAGGCCGUGGCGACUGGACUCGGAAUGGGCGUUGGGGAUGACGGUAGGUGCGUUCAUGUGGAUGCAAGAGCCACCCUUCGUUCUUGAUCGUGCUAGAUAUGCCAUUUCAAGUGACCAGCAAUCGAGAAAUUUCGAGCAAGCCGUCUUUGUACCUGACUUCGAGGUUGCCACGACUAACAGCCAACUCGAGCCUGGCAUGAAAGAAUCAUAUCCUCUGUUACCCUUCCGCGCCUUGGAAGAAAUCUGUCUUCCGGGCGCUAUACAACAAAGGUGGGAGGCAUCUAUCGCCGCCUCAAAGUCCGCAGAAUGGCGUCUGUGGUUCAAAACGCUCGAUCAGACACAGCAGAAAGCCCAUGUCCAAAGUCUAGCCAAGCGUAACAAAGAUACAUUCUGGGCCGGACUCUGGCUUGAGUAUGAGGAAUGGUCAAAGCCACGACAUGCGCGAUGUAUUGCUGCUGCUACUAGAGCCUUGGUCAUCUUCGAGCGAGAGAACGUGAUGAGGCAGAUGAGAGAAGCACAGAAGUCCGUGAAUGUAAGAAGAGCAAGAAGGCUAGAACGAUACGGCUUUUCGGCGAUGGAACCUGAGGAUCUGCCAGAAGCAGAGCCUCUUUCAGCACCUCUAACACCCCACGACAUCGUUUCCCUAAGGUUGCGCCUUACGCCUUGCUACUUCCGCCUACCAGCCAGUACUUUUCGGUUCGCAACACAGAUCUUCAGCGGCAAGUCCUACGAAGAAGCCGUGACUGAGCAGAAGGCGAAUUUCCACAGCUGGACUAAUGAGAGCAAGGUUCGCAGGAUCGAAGGUCACCCUGACUUUGUUGUGUGGGGCAAUAUCGCAGUGCACAAGGAUGCUGUUCCAAAGCUCACUCCCAAAAAGAAGCAGCCGCAGACAGGGAAGCAUAGGUACCAGGACAAGCAAUCAAGCUCGCCGGAAACCGAAACCAAAGCCCGCGUCCCGGACAUUGUUGACACCCGAUUGACUCUCAUGGGAUCGCCCUCCCGAUACCGUCUCCGUCCAAUUCGGUGGACGAUAUGUCACAGACCCGUCUGGGAAUUUCUGCCACAAGCUACCGAAGCGCUCGUGGGGAAGGUGGGGAUUACGGUCAUGGAGGCAAGGGGUGUUGGCUUCGCGAUGGCUCGGUUGGAGAUGCUAGAAAGGGAGGUUCCAAAGGUGAGAGGACUUGGAGCGGCAAAUUCUCCGGGGCCACGUUUCUGGAUCAUGGACGCGUGGGGAGAAAGGAGCAUUGGAGGGCGGGGGGGCACUAGGGUAUCGGGGUGA